AUGACAGCCUGUAAAGUUUCAAUUGAUGAAGGAAGAGCGAUAAGUACAUUAACUUGCUUGGUGGAAUGUAGUCAUACGUUGAAUGAACGUCUAGAAAAAUUCUGGAAAUUGAAAAAUUAUGACAGUGACACGUCGCGAGCGUUAUCUACGAAUGAUAAAAAAUGCGAACAAUAUUUUGAGCAGACAGUUACUCGAACAAGUAGUGGUAGAUUCGUGGUAAAACUACCUUUUCGCGAUGCAGAUUUACCUAUUGGCGACAAUCGAGAAAUAGCUUUAAAGCGUUUGACACAUUUAGAGAAUAGGCUUAAGCGCGACAACGUUAUGCGAGAACGUUAUGUUGAAUUUAUGCGAAAGUACAUUGAUUUAGGCCAUAUGUCAAUUGUGAAACCUACUCUUGGCGAAUACAAGGGAGCGAUCUAUUUGCCGCAUCAUGGAGUGCUAAAGGAAUCUAGUAGCAGUACCAAGUUACGCGUUGUAUUUGACGCAUCUGCUAAGGAUAAUAAGGGCGUGUCCUUGAAUGAUGCUCUCUUAAUCGGACUAGUUUUGCAAGAUAACUUAAUCGAUAUAGUCAUACGAUUUAGAACAUACAAAAUCGCGUUGACCGCGGACUUACAAAAGAUGUAUCGCCAAGUGUUGGUUCAUGAGAGCGAUCGUGAUGUUCAACGCAUUUUAUGGAGGUUUUCACUGGAGGAUUCUAUAAAGGAGUAUCGGCUGAAUACCGUUACGUACGGCCAAGCAUGCGCAUCCUAUAUGGCAGUCCGAUGCUUGAGACAAUUAGAUGUAGAGGGCAAGGAGCGUUACCCUCUUGCAUCACAUACACUAUUGCAUAAUACCUAUGUAGAUGAUAUAAUCUCUGGUUCCAGCACGCCUGAAAGCGCACAGGUGUUGCAAGAGCAAUUAACUUCAUUACUUCGAGAAGGAGGUUUUAAGGCGCACAAAUGGUGCUCAAAUUCCGUUAGCUCACUAAAGGGAGUCCCGUUCGAACCCAAUUCAAGUUUCGAAAUUGAUGCAAAUGAUACUAUUCGAGCGCUAAGGCUUGAAUAG